AUGGAACAGUACCUCCGAAGCUAUGUUUCCUACCAACAGGAUGAUUGGGCUCGAAUGUUACCAAUGACUGAAUUUGCGACAAACGAUCAUGCCUCCGAAACAACAAAGGUCUCCCCGUUCUAUGCCAAUUCAGGGAGAAAUCCAAGAAUGACUUUUGGCCCUUUGGAACAUGGUCGAACGACGGCGGAGGAUCAAGCGAACCGUAUUGCAAGGGAAAUGAAGGAUGUGGUGGAUUUCCUAAGAGAAGAGAUGUUUCGGGCGCAAAGGAUACAAGAAGAAUCAGCCAAUAGGAAUCGGCCCCCAGCUCCUCGGUACUAUUUAGGGGAUAAGGUUUUCCUAUCAACCUGUCAUAUUCUAAUCAAGCGACCUUCCAAGAAAUUCGACUGGAAACGUAUUGGACCUUAUAGCGUUAAGCGCAUUGUCAAUCCCUACGCUUACGGGUUGGAACUUCCUCGAUCAAUGAAAGUUCAUCCAGUAUUUCAUGUUUCGUUAUUGUCACCUGAAGCAAAUGAUCCUUUACCAGGACAACAACAAUUACCACCACUUCCAGUUGAAAUUGAAGGGGAGGAAGAAUGGAAAGUCGAAGAUAUUUUGGAUUCGAGGAAACGUAGAGGAAGAUUUGAGUAUUUGGUACCAUAUACGGGAUAUGAUGAAGCCUCCUGUCAACCACUAUCGGACCUUGAACAUUCACCCAAUAUCGUUAAACGAUUCCAUGAGUGUUAUGCAGGGAAGCCUAAGCCUACCAGGAGGUAG